CUGUAAUUUACAAGGACUUCUCUGUUCUCGGAGUGUAAACUUGUGAGUAAAUAAAUAUCUUAUGGUGUGUGACGUCUUCCAUGAUCAAAGCAACCCCAUAUAUCCAAUAAACAAAAGUAAAAAGUAUAGAAAGACCUUAAAAAAACUGGAGAUCAACCAUUUGGAGUAGAGAGUGUCAAAGGGUGAGUUUAAAGAAACAUGAGUUUUGUGGGAACCUUGGUAGUCCUUCUAUCAAGCUCUCUGUGUCUGUUCAUCCUCUUAACACUCAUCAAGUUCCUUCACAAGGUAUGGUGGACUCCGAUUCGCGUGCAACGCGCGUUGAGGUCACAGGGAAUCAAAGGCCCUUCCUACAGAUUCUUCCAUGGAAACACGAAAGAAAUACUCAGACUGAGGAAGGAAUCCACCAGCAAACCUAUGGAACUAUCACAUCACUUGUUUCCCAGAAUCCUCCCAGACAUUUACUUAUGGUUCAACAUAUAUGGGAAGAAUUAUCUUAACUGGUAUGGUGUAAAAGCUCGAUUAGUUGUUUCGGAAUCAGAAUUGGCUAAAGAUGUACUGAACAAUAAAGAUAGAGCUUAUACAAAGUUCGAAGCUGAAGGGUAUUUGAAAAAGCUGUUAGGAGAUGGUCUCGUAACUUCUGAAGGUGAAAAAUGGGUGAAAGUACGAAAACUGGCCAAUCAUGCUUUCCAUGCAGAUAGGUUGAAAAAUAUGAUUCCGGAAAUGAUUGCGAGCGUGGAGAUGAUGCUAGAGAGGUGGAAACAGUAUGAAGGAAAAGAGGUGGAGGUGUAUGCAGAGUUGAGGAUAUUAACAUCAGAAGUGAUUUCCAGAACAGCUUUUGGGAGCAGCUAUUUACAGGGGAAGGACAUUUUUCAGAUGUUGAUGAGGUUGUCCGUCUUAACUGCCAGAAAUACUUUCAAAAUUAAGCUUCCUGGCCUCAGCAAGUUCUUCAAAACUGCUGAUGAUAUAGAAGCAGAUAAACUUGAACAGGGAAUACGAGAUUCCAUUAUAAGGAUUAUAAAGAAAAGAGAGGAGGGGAUGACUGAAGAAGUAGACAGCUUCGGGACUGAUUAUCUUGGAUUACUGGUGAAGGCUUAUCAUGAUGCUGAUGAAAAGAAUAGGAUUACAGUAGAAAAUGUAAUUGAUGAAUGCAAGACCUUUUACCUUGCUGGACAGGAAACUACAGCAACCUUGCUUGUAUGGACUAUUCUUCUCCUAGCAAUUCACACAGAUUGGCAAGAGAAAGUGAGGCAGGAGGUGCUCGAGUUAUUUGGCAACCAACAUCCCAAUUCAGAAGGCAUUGGAAGGUUGAAAAUAAUGAACAUGAUCAUCAAUGAGUCUCUAAGACUAUAUCCUCCAGUGAUGUCAGCUGUGAGAAAAGCUAGACGCGAGGUCAAAUUGGGGAAGUUUAUUAUCCCAGCCAAUACAAGCCUGCAGAUUCCGACUCUGGCUUUCCAUCACGACCCUCAAAUAUGGGGAGAAGAUGUGCUUCUUUUCAACCCAGAGAGGUUUUCUGAAGGGGUUGCGAAAGCCACCAAUAACAACCCAACCGCGUUUCUUCCCUUCAGUAUGGGACCUCGGAAUUGUGUAGGAAUGAAUUUUGCCAUCAAUGAAGCCAAGAUUGCUCUGUCGAUGAUUCUGCAGCGCUAUAGCUUCACCCUCUCCCCGACUUAUAUUCACUCACCAGUUCCGAUUGUGACAGUAUGCCCACAGCUCGGAGUUCAGGUAAUAAUCCAUCCUGUGUAGUGUGCAGCACCAGAAUUGUUAGUAUAAUGUGGAAUGGAUGAAUAAUUCAACAGAUAUUGAUACUUGAAUUUUGAUGCAUUAUGAGUUUAAGGUGACUGGAAGAUCCUUUAUGUAGAUAAAUGGCAGUCAGAAUGUAAUAUCAUAUAACUUGAUGAUUUUUUUGUUUUUGUUUUUCCAUUAUAAUAUAAGUUUCUAAAGACUAGAAUGUUUGGUUA